AUGGAAUUAGGAGAAAAUUCCCAUUCUGAGAAUUUCCACCACCAAGAAUCAACAUUUACUCUAAAGAACUUCGCUCCAUCGCCUGAAUUUCAAUGGUUCUGUAAUGAGUUUUUUGUUAAGUUAGAUGAUUUAGUUAAACUUCGUCAUAAACUUGGAAAGUCGUUCACUGUCAAAAGUCUUGAAGUCAUAAUUCAUUUUAUCAAGCUCUGGAGAACGACUGUGGGUGACGAUUUCUAUCCAAUUUUGUUGCUUAUUUUUCCAUAUAGGGAUCAAAGAGCCUAUAAUAUUAAGGAUUACACGUUGGUAAAAACAGUCUGCAAGUAUUUGAAACUUCCUAAGAAUUCUCUUACCGAGGCUAGACUCUUGAAUUGGAAACAAAAUGCAGCUCGUGGCACUAGCCUAUCCUCUUUUUGCGUCGAGGAAAUCAAAAAACGUAGGAAGGAGCCAAUAGUGGAGCAUCGCAUGACCAUUGAUGAGCUGAAUGGUUAUUUAGAUGAUCUAUCGAAGGGAGCUGGUCAAAAACAUUGGGGUUAUAGCAGUCUGGCAAGCUGUGAUUCCUUUCGAAGUUGUCUCGAGAGAAUGUCUUUCAUCGAGCUCAAGUACUUCUUUGAUAUCAUUUUGAAAAACAGAAUUAUCGGUGGUCUAGAACACAAGUUCUUCAAUUGCUGGCAUCCAGAUGCAUUGGAAUAUUUAAGUGUGGUCUCUGAUUUACGAAUUUUAGCCACUAGAUUGUGGAAUCCAUCCAUCAGAUUAAGAAAGACGGAUUUAUCAAUCAACAUUGGGCAUGCUUUUGCUCCUCAACUCGCAAAACGCCUACAUAUGCCCUAUGAUAAAAUUUCUCAAAAGUUACAUAAUGAUUUCUUGGUGGAAGAAAAGAUGGACGGAGAGCGCAUUCAACUCCACUAUUUGAAUUAUGGGGCUCAAUUGAAAUUUUUUAGCAGGCGAGGUACUGACUACACACACCUCUAUGGUGAUUCCGUUGGAAAUGGAAUAAUCUCGAAGUUCCUGAAGCUCAGUCCCGAUGUCAAAGAGUGUGUUAUUGAUGGGGAGAUGGUUACUUUCGAUAAGGAGAAAAUGGUUAUUUUACCAUUUGGAAUUGUGAAAAGUAGCGCAGUUGAUGAGCUAAUCAGUAAUCAAAUUGGGACGGAGCAGAGUGGAUAUAGACCUUUGUUCAUGGCUUUCGAUUUAGUGUUUCUCAAUGGUUCAUCUCUCUCGAAAUUGCCGCUUCACAUCAGAAAAGAGUAUCUUGCAAAAAUCUUGACGCCAUCCUCACAAGUAGUGGAAAUAAUUCCGUAUGUCAGAGCGAACGACUCGAAUACAAUUCAAAAUUCUCUUCAGAAAGCAAUUUCUUUAGGAUCUGAGGGAAUAGUCUUGAAACACUACAAAUCUACUUACCACUUUGGCUCGAGGAAUGACACGUGGAUAAAAGUUAAACCUGAAUACCUCGAACAGUUUGGAGAAAAUAUGGAUCUUAUCAUUAUCGGCCGCGAUCCUGGGAAAAAAGACUCUUUAAUGUGUGGCCUGGGGGUAACUGGAAGCGAAAAAGAAGGUGAUAUUAUUAUUUUAUCUGAUGAUGAAGAACUAAACGCCAGACAUGAGGCUGUCGUCAAAUUUGUUUCCUUUUGUACGAUAGCAAAUGGAAUAUCUGAUCGAGAAUUCAAAGAAAUUGACCGUAGAACUAGAGGAAAGUGGAUUCAAACUCGCGAUGCGUUACCACCACCAGAAAUUUUAGAGUUUGGAACAAAAUUACCAGUGGAGUGGAUUAAACCUGAAGAUUCUAUUGUUCUGGAAGUGAAAGCUAGAUCAAUUAGCAACAAUAAUUCCAGUAGUACGAAGUUCAAAACAGGCAGUACUCUUUAUGGCGCGUAUUGCCGAGGAAUCAGAUCUGAUAAGGAUUGGACUUCUUGCGCAACAUUCCAGCAAUAUUUACGUGCAAAACAAUCUCACAAUUACUAUCGUUAUCGAAAAAGGUCUCAAGAAGUUUCUCCCCGCAAAAAAAGGACACUUUCUAAGAAUAAAAAGCACCUUUUUCUUGAAAAUGAAGCCAUUUCCAAGAAGUAUGACUCCACAAUCUUUCAGGGUCUUCUUUUUUAUGUUUUGAGCGAUUAUGUUGAUCCACAAACCAAAACAAGGAUACUCCGUGGCGACAUUAAUAGAAUCAUCAAAAGUAAUGGCGGUGCCAUACUUCAUAAUAUUGAUAUGAGACCAGAGGAACUUUUCCUACUCAGAAUAAUAGCAGGGAAAACUACGAUAGAAUGCAAAGCAUUGAUGGAAAGAGGUUACGACAUUAUUAAGCCUUCUUGGAUUUUUGAUUGUAUAAAAUGUGGGUUUUUGUCAAAAUUAGAGCCUAAGCAUUGUUUAGCUGUUUCUCGUCCUCUUUAUGAGAACAGCAAAUUACGUGUCGAUAGCUAUGGUGUGAGCUUUCAACGAUUUAUAGAUGAAAGUGAUUAUGAUGGGUUGAUGGAAUUUGGAACGAAUGUUGAAACCGCUUUUAAUUCGGUUCCAGAAGAGCUUCAAGAAGUUCCACUGUUUCUUUUCAACAAAUAUACCUUUUUCAUCGCUCAAGAAAAUUGUACAUCACAAGUAUUACAAGAGCUAGAGACAAAAAUCAAAUGGUUCGGUGGAAAUAUAACCGCCAAUCUUUCAAGCGCCACAAUUAUUGUUGUCGUGAAUUUUCCAAAAAAAAACACGGCGUCAGCUUGUUAA